CGCUGGCUUCAGUCGAACGACAGCCAGCAAGCCGCGCGGUCGAGCCUAGCUCCAACAGCCAGAGAAACAAAGCUCCAACAUGGACAGCAAGCAGCCACCGCCAUAUAGCGCGAUGCCGCAGCCGAUGCCCGGCUAUACGCCAGCACAGACCUAUCAGCCGUACCCGUCGGGACCCACACAGCCGCCGCUGUAUCCGCCGAUGCCACAGCCGCCGCAGCAGUCCACGGUGAUCAUACAGACGACAACCACAUCCAAUCUGGUGCCCAUUGGCAGCGGGCCGACGCGCAUACGUUGCCCCUCCUGUCAUGCGGAGGUGGUGACCACCGUUAAGAGCACACCCUCCGGCCGUACACACUGCUGGGCCAUGGUUCUAUGUCUAUUUAUCUGCUGGCCCUGUGUGUGCCUGCCCUACUGCAUGGACUCCUGCCAGAAUGCCAAUCAUUACUGCCCCAACUGCAGCUCCUACAUAGGCACCUACGAGAAUUAAUAUAUAAAUACAUACGCAUACACAUACAUAUACGUGUAUAUGUAUGUAUUCUAAUUAAGCACAUGUGUACAUAGAUCUUAACUCUGAACGAAUUAAUAUUUUUUGCCGACUAAGCGAAUGCGAACGAACUGUAAAUAUACGAGUAUAUCAAGUAAAUUAUUA